GGAAAGACUUCUUCGGGAAGAGCGACUUCAAAUAUCACAUGCGGAUCCACAAGAAGGAACAGCCGUACAUGUGCUUCGCGUGCGGCCGCGAGUUCUCCCACCUGAGCCACCUGCACCGCCACGAGAGGAUCCACACAGGGGAACGCCCCCACAAGUGCCCUUACUGCCCGAAGAAGUUUAUCCAGCUGGUGACGCUGAAGAUCCACCUGAAGAAGCACGAGAAGCUGGCUCCCGAAGAGCUGAAGCCUGCAGACGAGGGCUUGCGAGGGAAGGAGGAAGUGGUCUCAACCUGGGCCUAG